AUGCGUCCUGGGGCCAUGUCUCCUGGGGACCCUCUUGUCUCCACAUGUAAGCACCAGGCUCCUGACUCAUCUCAGCAGAUAUCAGGCCUGGAGGAAUAUUCUGUAGCCCUGGACAAUGAUGAGGCAGCUGAAAUUCCCGAGCCGAGUGGUCCUGGCCCUGAUCAAUCACGGGCUAUUGAAACAGAAGAUGGAAUGUGGGUUUUGGCAGAAGGACUGGGAGAGCAGGGCGUUGAGGAAGGCAACCAGGGAGCUUGGAACAGUGGCAGCUUCCUGGUCCCCUACAUCAUCAUGCUCAUCGUGGAGGGAAUGCCGCUCCUGUAUCUGGAACUGGCGGUGGGGCAGCGCAUGCGGCAGGGCAGCAUCGGCGCCUGGAGAGCCAUCAGCCCCUACCUCAGCGGUGUCGGGGUCGCUAGUGUGGUGGUCUCCUUCUUCCUCUCCAUGUACUACAACGUCAUCAACGCCUGGGCCUUCUGGUACCUCUUCCACUCCUUCCAGGAUCCCCUGCCGUGGUCAGUCUGCCCGCUGAACAGCAACCUCACGGGCUACAACGAGGAGUGUGAGAAGGCUUCCUCCACACAGUACUUCUGGUACAGGCAGACCCUCAACAUCUCGCCAUCCAUCCAGGACAACGGGGGUGUGCAGUGGGAGCCAGCGCUGUGCCUCAUUCUGGCCUGGCUCGUGGUGUAUCUGUGUAUCCUGCGAGGCACUGAGUCUACCGGCAAGGUGGUGUAUUUCACUGCGUUGAUGCCCUACUGCGUGCUGAUCAUCUACCUGAUCAGGGGCCUCACGCUCCACGGAGCCACCAAUGGCCUGAUGUACAUGUUCACUCCCAAGAUGGAGCAGCUGGCCAACCCCAAGGCCUGGAUCAAUGCAGCCACCCAGAUCUUCUUCUCGCUCGGCCUGGGGUUCGGCAGCCUGAUCGCCUUUGCCAGCUACAACGAGCCGUCCAACGACUGCCAGAAGCAUGCUAUCAUCGUGUCCCUCAUCAACAGCUCCACCUCCAUAUUCGCCAGCAUCGUGACCUUCUCCAUCUAUGGCUUCAAGGCCACUUUCAACUAUGAAACCUGCUUGAGCAAGGUGAUUCUGCUGCUGACCAAUUCUUUUGACCUGGAAGAUGGCUUUUUGACAACUAGCAACCUGGAGCAGGUGAAGGACUACUUGGCGUCCUCCUACCCUAGCAAGUACAGCGAGGUGUUGCCACACAUUAGAAACUGCAGCUUGGAGUCGGAGCUGGACACGGCUGUCCAAGGCACUGGCCUGGCUUUCAUCGUCUACACUGAGGCCAUUAAAAACAUGGAGGUGUCCCAGCUGUGGUCGGUGCUCUAUUUCUUCAUGCUGCUGAUGCUGGGCAUUGGGAGCAUGCUGGGGAACACGGCAGCCAUCCUCACCCCUCUGACCGACAGCAAGGUCAUUUCCAGACACCUGCCCAAGGAGGCCAUCUCAGGUCUGGUGUGCCUCAUCAACUGUGCCAUCGGCAUGGUGUUCACCAUGGAGGCCGGGAACUACUGGUUUGACAUCUUCAAUGACUACGCAGCCACGCUGUCUCUGCUGCUCAUCGUUCUGGUUGAGACAGUCGCCGUGUGUUACGUGUACGGGCUGAGGAGAUUUGAAAGUGACCUGAAGGCAAUGACCGGCCGAGCUCUCAGCUGGUACUGGAAGGUCAUGUGGGCCGGCGUGAGCCCGCUGCUGAUCGUCAGCCUCUUUCUCUUCUACCUGAGCGACUACAUCCUCACGGGCACCCUGCAGUACCAAGCCUGGGACGCCUCCCAGGGCCAGCUUGUGACCAAGGAUUACCCCGCAUAUGCACUGGCUGUCAUUGCGUUGCUCGUGGCCUCCUCCGCCAUGUGCAUCCCACUGGUGGCCCUGGGGACUUUCGUCUCGCGCCGCCUCAAGAAAGGAGACACAGCCCCCGUGGCCUGAGAUCUGGGCUCCCCAGCCGCUCACUGUGUUCCAGCCACUAUUGACAGGCUAAACCUCCUCGGCUGCUUUUUAAAAUAUCUCAGCCAGAAG